GUGGUGGUGGUGCUCGAACGGACAGUGUCGGCCCGGCGGGGCGGCGGGGCACGGUGACCGACAGGGAAGAGAGGCUUCUUCCCCCGACAGGAGGCCAACGUCGGUGACAACUGAGGUCAGAGCAGUGAGACCGCCGGCCGGCGCCAUGGGAAACCAUCACUCGCAGACGGUGGAGCUGAACCCCGCCUGGUCGCACUCAUUCCCACGUGAACGAGAAAAGAAGCUGCUCAAGUAUGGUGGCAUCCAGGACGCCACGCCCGUCAGAAAAGUGCUGCCAGAGCGAGUACCCGGUCAGAAGCUGCGUCUGACGACGAACGGUAACAUCCUGCAGCAGGGAGGCACCAUCAGCGGGCGACGACUGUCGGCGGCGCACAGCUUCAACCCGCUCACCGACGGCCAACAGCCGCAGUCGCUUCAGCCUGGCCUCGGGAACGGCUCAGCCGAGGACACACAGAAGGGCUAUGACAGCGAGCCAGACCUACGGGACGCCCCUGAAGAGCAGGCAGCCGCUCAGCACCCCGACCCGACCGACGAGCGCCAGGCGCGCACUCUCACUCGCGAUGGUCCCGCCAAGGCACGGGCUCGCUCCAGGAAGAAGAGCAGGGCGCCGCCUCCUCCUCCGGUGUCCGACCUGGACCUGCCUCCCCCUCCGUCCAUGCCGCCCCCGCCGAUCCCCAGCCACACCCUGGACCGCGGCAGGGACGGGGACCGCGACUCCAACAGGCCGCGGACGGGUCUGUUCACCAAGCACGGGGAGACCCGCCGUCACACGGGCCGCUACUCGCCGCGGGCAAACCGCGCCGCCUCUGAGCAGCGCUGGCUGAAUGGUGAGCCACAGAUGCAGGAGCGCAAGUCGCGUGCGCAGAGCAUGGCCUGCAUCCGUCAGCAGGCGGCCGCCGAUCUGGUCACCAGCUUCAGCAGCCUGCCCCGAGCUGAGAAGGGCGAGAGGCGGGAGCGAGGAGAGCAGACCUCGCCCGGCAGCCUGCUGCGCCGUUCCGGAGAGGCGCGUCACAGCCGCAGCGAAGGAGCUCUGCAGGCAGCCCUGGCCGACGGUGGCGGAAACGAAGGAGGAAGGACAGGAGGGACGCUUCAUCAGGCGAUCAGCACCGAGGACCACAGGAUCACCAUCACUGUCGGCAGCUCCAGCGAGAGCUCGAACAGCGCGCACCGGCACGCCAAACAGCCGAACGUGUUCUACUUCGGCAUGGAACCGCCAUCCGAGAAGCGUGACGACGAUGACAACAAACCUUCGGCGAUCGCAAAGAUAAAGCGUAACGAGCAGGUCGCCAUUCGUGGAUCGGCCGUCAGCUAUACAAAACGAACGGUGGGCGAGGGACGUCACAAGAGCCCGAGCAAUGCCCAGAAGACAAAGAGCCCGACAUCAAGCCGCAGCGGCGAGGUCGCCAAGAGCCCCGCCUCGAGUCGCAGCCGGGAGCCCGUAAAGAGCCCCAGCUCUGGACGAAGCGGUGCCAACACCAAGAGUCCUGGCUCUCGUCGCAGCGACAACGUAACCGAUCCCCAAGCGACGGGUUCCCCAGCUAGCCUGGCGCGGAUCCCAUCUCGUAAGCUGGCAGAGUUCGUCAACAGUCUGGAGCGCAGCCGUCAAAAGCGCCUCUCGGUCAGCCGAGACGAGAUCCUCACCAACUCGUCCGCGCUCAGCUGCAAGUCUCAGUCGAGCGUGUUCGAUCUGGAAUUGGACGCCGGUGGUAACGACUCCAUCUCGAUGCACCUGCGUCCCACGCUGCCGAGGAAGCAGCUGGAGAUUCCUCGUUUCUCCCCGCUCUCCGCCUGGCGCAGUCUGACCUUAGACAGAGCUGCCAGCCGACCAUGGCGUACCGCUGACACCAGCGACGCUAGCGACGGUCCCGAGCCGCUGACAACACCUCCACGACGACGCCGACCGCACACCAAGUCGGCCGACUCGGGGAUCUCUGGUGACGCCAGCAGUCCCCCGCCACCUCCGCUGGCCGCGUCUUCACCCACCCCAGACCGCGCUGACGAAUGGGUGCCGGCACACGACCUCGACCUGAGCAGUGGCGGAGAGGAGCCCGCGAUCCGUCACCAGCAUGGGACCGUCCUUCCCCCGCAGCUAAUGUCCCGCACGGACAUGUUCCCCGCCUCGGCCGAGCCACCCUCCGAGCGCGGAGACCGUCAAACGUCCCCACACACCUUCAACAGUCUCCGACAGAUGAAACGUUCGGUAUCCACAGCGAUCGCGGCGCUGAGACGAUCGCCGGCGCAUUCCAUUGACGAGAACUGGCUGCUGAGUCGCAGCGUCCCUAACUCGCUGAACGCUGGCGAAGAGGAGGUCGCGAGGCCGAACGAGGCGCGCUCUGAUGGAGGCGCAGGAGGGGGCGAUCGGCACGUACUCUACCUGCCAGAGUACCACUCGAUGCCGUUACCACGCCGUGCUGACCGCGCAGUGCGUAUGGGACGCCGACCCGCCGGCAAACGCGACACAAACCGCAGUGCCGUGGACCUCUGGAGCACCGGCGACGGGUCCCAGAACCAGACACAAGAUCGCGGCGAGAGCCUGGACUGCAGCAGGGACGACAGCCAGGACCAGCGCACAAACACGAGCAGGGACGAAAGCAGGGACAGCCAGAGGGACGAGCCCGAGCCGGAGCAGCGACAGCGCCGCCGCCACGGGAGCCGAGAUGAACUGCGAGGCGAGGAGCGUCGCGCGACCCCGGAGAAACCGCCGCGAACGUCCCUGUCGACGGCUGCUGGUAAGCGUCGGUUCUCCUACCAGAGUACGGUUCGCCAGCAGGAGAGGAGGCGUCUAGAGGCGCGCCUGAGUCGACUGGCCGAGGAGGAGGAGCAGCAGCGCCUGAAGGAGCUGCGACUCCUGCACCAGGUGGAGGAGCAGUUCCAGAAGAAACGUGGCAAGGAGCAGACUGACCGGGAGGGCCCGAUGAGCAUCCAGGGACCGAUUAGUCUACCUGUGCCGGCUCCGGGCGAACGCGUCAUCCACGACAGCACCGGAGAUAGAAACCAGUGGAGGGACGGGCCGGAGAAGGGACAUCAGGACCCGCCGCAGCACGGGCCGAUCAGUCUACAGAUCCCUCCGUGUCCCCCACCGGACUACGGCCCCGCACCGACUGUCUGCCAGAGCCACGACGGACCGAUCUCCCUGCCGGUAACAUCAGCGCACCGCUCCGGGAAGUCCCGCGACAAGCAGACCUUCCUCUCUGGCGUGCGGAACUGGAUCCGCUCGCGAAAGGAGUCGCCGCGUGGCACUGACGGCGCCUGGCAGACGGCGGCCAGACUGGAGCCGGAGGGAGCCCCGGCGGUCGUCCAGCAGGACGGGGUGAGACCCGAGGGUCCGCAGAGCCUGCCGCAGACAGUGGGCGCGCGAACAGAGCUCAGCAGGCAGGAGGAGGUCCGACAGGAGGCGCUGUCGGCAGCCAGACAGCGCAGCGGCCGGCCCACAGACAAACGAAAGUCCAUCUAUAAACAGGUGGCAGAGUUUGCCGAGGACGUCAGCGAUGUGAGCGGGGUCAACAGCCCUGUGUCAGAGCUGUCCCCUGACCCGCUGCAGACCAGCAGCGGGUACGAGUCGUCCCCUCCGCUGCCGCCCGCUCAGCGGCUGACCCGCGAGCUACCAGAGUAUCGCCACGAGGCCAGACAUUACAGCGACUACCGGCCGGCGCCGGCAGCCAAACAGCACAGGUCCCCGCCGUUUGCGGAGGUGUUCGGUCCGACCCGCUCGGGUCGCCGCACACCCGCUGCCAUCUACAGUGAGGCGCACAAUAGGGCGGCCAGCAGCGACAGAAACUCAGGUACGGUCCCGUCGGACCCGUACGCCGAGCACCAGCCGCUGCGAGCCGCACCCAUGACCAGUAACUACCGACGAGCAUUCGCUCAGGGCACGGCCGCCAGCCCGCCCCAGUCUCUGGACAUGCAGUACCUCCAGCACGGAGAGGAGGGAGAGAGGGACGCCACGUCACCACCGGGAGGACAGAGGAGGAAACAGCGCACCAAGACGUCGCGUCGCAACGACAGCUUCAAGCGCAGCCUGGGGCAGCUGGAGGCGGAGAGCGGAGAGGAGCGGCGGACUGGGGACUCCGGUCACGGAGGGCCCCGGUCACUCCACCUGCAGCACGCCCAUCCCGUCUACGGCCAGCAGCGCACCGGAUACGUUGGCCAAGUCAACAGCAGCCCGGCUCGCUUUAUGUACGGCUCCGACCCGUUCGCCGCUCAGGUCGGCUACCGGCCCGGCCACCACCGACCUGCGCCGCCGGCCACUCGGCUCGUCUGACCGACUGCAGCGCCACCUGCAGCGGCUGUGCAGACAGUGGCGCCGCCACGCGGACUAGGUGUAAAGCACGACGGAGCUUCGCCGCUGCAACCGGAGUUUGUACGAGUGGUGUGAAGUUACUAUGUCGUGUGCAGGAUUAUAAGAUUCUUUGAACUGCAAUUGUGCUUUGGGAGAUAUUGAGCGCGAGAAGCGCUUUCACUGCGAUUCCUGCUCAAGUGUUGUGAAAUACUCCGGUGUUGAGAAGGUGCUGUUGUUUGUCGAGAAUGUUCGAGAUUUUAUUAUUAUAAAUAUAUUUAUAGUUAAGAACUAAA